AUGCUUUUAAGAGGAGCUCAGAAACCAGGACCAGAGUACACCGUUGGAGAUGAAGUAGAGGCAGAGUUAGGACAGAGGAACAAGAGACAGAGAGAAGGGGGAGAGGAGCACCUCCUCAACACAGGAACAAGAGACAGAGAGAAGGGGGAGAGGAGCACCUCCUCAACACAGGAACAAGAGACAGAGAGAAGGGGGAGAGGAUCACCUCCUCAACACAGGAACAAGAGACAGAGAGAAGGGGGAGAGGAGCACCUCCUCAACACAGGAACAAGAGACAGAGAGAAGGGGGAGAGGAGCACCUCCUCAACACAGGAACAAGAGACAGAGAGAAGGGGGAGAGGAUCACCUCCUCAACACAGGAACAAGAGACAGAGAGAAGGGGGAGAGGAGCACCUCCUCAACACAGGAACAAGAGACAGAGAGAAGGGGGGAGAGGAGCACCUCCUCAACACAGGAACAAGAGACAGAGAGAAGGGGGAGAGGAUCACCUCCUCAACACAGGAACAAGAGACAGAGAGAAGGGGGAGAGGAGCACCUCCUCAACACAAACGUCCACUGGAUAAUCUGUACACUUCAACGACUGGUUUCACAAACCCCGAAUAUCACUAG